AUGUCAAAGAAUUAUUCAAUAUAUAUUGUAUUAUGGUUUUUAAUUCGAUUGGUAAUUGAAGUAAAUUGCCAAAAUACACCUUUCAAGCCAUUAAAACGAUAUGCUCAUACUGCUACACUUAUUGAUAAUAAACUUUACAUCUUAGGUGGUCGAUUAGAUUCAACUAGUAAUAAUGAAAAUAUUGGAGGACAAUUUUUUUAUCUUGACGUAUCUGAACCAUUUAAUAUAAAAAAUAUAGUAUGGCAUGAUCUAACAGAAAUCAAUGUUAUUCCAGCACAUCGUGCCGCUACAUCUGCUAGAGGUGGUGCAUAUAAUGAUACUUUGUUUUUAUAUGGAGCAAAAACUGAUAGACCUAUUGUUAUGGAAUUAUUUUAUACAUUUGAUACAAAAAGUAAUUCAUGGAGUAUUCCAAAAUUAGUUGAAAAUGGAGAUAAUAUCAAGACAAAACAUAAUGUAAAAGGCAUCGUAGAUGAUAAUGGAAAGAUGUAUUUGUUCGGUGGAAAUCAUAAAAAUAGGACAACUUUUUAUGAUGAUAUGCUUAUUUUAGAUACAAUUAAUUUUAAUUUGAACAUGGGAAGUUUAGUUAAUGCUCCUACUCAAAGAAUUCUUUACGGCGCAACUUUCGUUCCAAAUAAUUUCAUUAUUUAUUUUGGUGGCUCUAUGGAUGAUGCUAAUAAUGCUUAUCCAUUAAAAGAGGUCUACCUAUAUGAUACGAUUGAUGAUAAUUGGAGUACAACUUUAGGUACAAUUCCUUCGGAUAGAAAUGCUUUUUCUACUGUCCUCGGGUUGGAUGGACAACGAAUAAUAAUUUUUGGAGGAGCAAAUAUAAAUAUUAAUAUUUUACUUCCAUAUGCACUUUAUGUAUUAAAUUUGACAAAUUUUGAAUGGUCCAUUCCAAAAACGUCUGGAAAAAAGCCUGCAGAGUCAAGACGUUGGCAUGAGGCAAAUGUAGUUGGAAAUUACAUGGUUAUAACAUUUGGUAUGGGUAAAAAUGAGGAUGAAAUUGACAAAGAUGAUGAAAUUUUAUUGCUUGAUAUUAGUAAUAACGAAGAAUAUAUAUGGACAAACGAUUUUAUACCUUCAACGAAACAAUCAGCAAAACUAUCAAUACCAGUUAUAAUCGGUAUAAUUAUAGGAACAGGAAUCUUUCUAUCAGUUGGAAGUUUCUUUUUAUAUAAGCGGAAUAUAUCUAAUAAAAAGAAUAGAUAUGAAAGAGAAACACAAUAG